CUCCAAUUCGGCUCGCCGACUCAGGAGGAGGAAAACCCAAUCGCCGUCUCGCCGCGCGCUGGUUCUCCGGCGGAUUUGCGACUCCUCGCCGAUCAGAGGGAGAAGGCCCGCCUCUCCAGGGCGAUUGGAGCAGGAGGAGGAGGAGGAGGCAGCGGCGGCGGCCCGAUUUUUUCUUUUGGGCGUGUGAAUUGUGCGGCUCUCUGGUUAGGGGGAGCCGCUGGUGAGGUGAGCCCUAGGGUUUGAGGUUUGGGCGCGGCGCGAGGCGCGGCCUCGCUAGGGUUUGGGGGGGGGGGGGCGUGGAGGAGGAGAGAGGAGGCGUGGAAGCCGCCGCCAUGAGGUGAUUGGUGAGAGGGGUGAUUGGCGGGGGAGCAGGAGAGGUCGGCGGCCGCGGCCGCUGUGGCUGAGGCGGAGGUCAGGUUUAGUUGUGUCGCAUUGCGGAGCCCGAUUGAUUGUGCUGGUGGGCGCUGAUUGGAUCGGUGGAGAAGGGCCCUUCCUCCCUCUCCGCUCGCCGUCUCCAGUGGGUAGAUGGUGAGUGGUGCCGGCUGCCAUGGAGCAGGACUUACCGGCGCUCAAGCCGCAAUGGCUGAUGCAGGGCCAGGUCACGACCACAGGAGCCACGAACCUCUGGACCGUAGCUUCAACCCGCCCAGGCCCAGAUAAUCAAGGUAGGGGUGGUUCAUCAAAAAAUCAUUCAUCUGGGCACAGCCGUGACCAGAAUUCCAGGGCAUCUUCAUCACGGGUUUCAGGCUCAAAUGGACCCCGUAAGCAUGACCGGGAUGGCAUGGGGAAGUCAAGGGGCUAUGCAAGUUUUGGGAGGAAUAGGGAAAGAGAGCGGGAGAAGGAUUUUGAUUCCCGUGAUAGGGAGAGUAGGUCUGUUACAACAGAACGUGAUGGUUUUGCUUCAUUUAGCACAUGUAGACCUGAAAGGGAUAGAUUGAAUCGUUCCCGCCCAAAGACAGAUACAUGGAAUAAAGGAGUAGUUAGUCCAAAAAAUUGUAAUACCUCUAGAAGCAAUACUGGUGGCGUCUCCUUUGAGCGAGAAUUCCCACAACUUAGUUUUGAAGACAAGAAUGGGAGGCAAGAUAUAAGUAGAGUACCAUCUCCGAGUAUCACCUCUCCAAUUCAGAGAAUACCUCCGGUUGCUGCACCUGAUCGCUGGAAUUCAGUGCUAGCGGAUGUUCCUGUUUCAAGCGAGCCAAAGAAAAACUUUGUUGUAUCUUCUGUAUCACGCCCGGCUCCUAGUAAACAGCCUGAGGCAGCACCAAGCAGUGGGACUUCAUUGAGCAUGGCAGAGACUGUGAUGCAACUUCCUCUGAGAAUUUCAGUUGGACCUCAGGUAUCGACUGAAGCCCAGAAAAUUGAAGAAAUCACUUUAAGACAGAACACUCUAAGACCUAUGACAUCUCCAGCAAUCAAAUCUUCAAUAACAAGUUCUUCAAAAACAAAAGGUGCGAGAAAUGGAGAUUCUUCUGGUCCUAGCAAGGCUACACACCAAUCAUUAAUACCGUCCACAAAUGGCUCUGCUCGAGCUCCAGUGAAAACUGAUCUUUCAAAGUUAUCUCAGCCAGGAAGUUUUAAAAUCCUCACCCGAGAGCAAAAAUGUGCUACAAACACUGCCAAAGACUGUCCUGACAAUCCUAUGAGUCCUCCUCCAGCUCCUAUUGCUUCAGUGGAACCACUGAAAAAGCCAUGUGUCAGCCAAAAGCUUAAGGUUGCCCCCCAUGAUAUUCCUCUCUCCCCACUGCAAGGUGCUUAUGUGGAUAAAAAAUUAAAUCCAAGAGAUAAGCAUAAAUUCUUCGAGUCAUUGAGGACCAAGUCUUCAAAUGGUGCAAACUCAACUGUUGAGUCAGGCUGUCCAUUGCUAUCUAGUGUAGCUGAUGUGAAAUGUGUGGGGAAUGGAAAGUGUUCCUGUGAAGAAUCAAAUUCUUCUGAUGGAUCUCAGAGACACCUGUCUGAUAAUGAGAACAAUUCAUCCUUGGAGCACACUGCAGAUGGGGUUUCUCAUAAUCUUCUACUAGAAAGGUCCAACUCAUCAUGUGAACCUGCCGAUAGGGGAGCUGAAUUUCGGGUGUUCCUCUCAAACAAUACCGAAGGAAGUUCCUCAUCAGCAGCUGCAGAUUCAGAUGAUGGGUACAAGAGAUCCCAUUCUGGCAGUGAGGAGGCCAGUUCCUCGUCAGAGGCUACAGAACUAGGAGAUGAUGAGCAUCCAGCUGAGGAUAGUCUUCCUGCUGAUUUUGUGGCUUUCAUGAUAUCUCUUGGUUGGGAAAAAGAUAAGGUGGUGGAACCUUUGGGACUGGAAGAGAUUGCUGUCACUGUGAGGGCUAAUGAGGAGCUAGAGCAGAAGCUUUUGUCCAUGGAAGACAACGCCAACAUCAAGAUCGUUCUCCUGUACAUCUAUUCGGGCAGAGGGCUGGAUAAUGAACUGCAGAAGCCUAACGCAGGGACUAAAACCAAAGCUUGAAGAACACUAGUGCAGGGAGCGGGGGCCACAGGAGCUGUGUGCAGAAAAUGCAAUGGUCAAUCACAUCACUGAGCAACGGGCGCUGGUUUGUUUGGAUGUUGAGAACACAGGUAGCAAGGAGUCUUGACCUGAAUUUUGUCUAGAUUAACAAGUCAAGAUUAUUUUUUCCCUCUAUUGACGCUUGUCCAGCAAUUUGGGGAGGUGGAUCACUGGUAGCUCUGACAAUUUUUUGCUUGAUAAAACAGAGAGGAAGUUUAGGAUUUGUUGUCUUUUUCCCAGGAAUACCAAAAUGUAAGUCCGGUUAUUGGAGGCGCAUGUGGCUGUGCUGCCCUUUAAAUAGGUUCCUUUUUCCCCCUUCUCAGGGCUUAUCUUUGUUUUGGAAAAAAGAUAAGAUGGGUUUUUAACAUGGAAAGGUGAAUAGUUAUAUUGGUCUCAAAA